UCACUGCGUAAGAAGUUCCAAUUUUGACAAAUAUUUUUGGCUGCUAACUAGAAGAUGCGAGCACGAAGGCUCGGAGACGUGAGAACCCGAUCCCCUCCCGCCAAGAUAAGGGAUCAUCGAUCCGAAUGGCGUCCUAAUCCAUGUCCACCACAUCGCCGAAACACGCGAGAGAAUCAGCGUCCACGCACUCUUCGAAGUUUGAGCCCUCUUGAAGUCGAGAGGUCUCGAAGGGUUUUGGGCCGUGAUCCUAGGAGCUCUUCAGCUGAGAGAAGAGAUUACACUAGGCAUUUGGAUGGAGGGAGAGACUGUAGGGUUGUUCGAUCUCGGUCACCCCUUUACGGCCAGUCCCGUAACCGAUCACAGUUCGAUGAAGACUCUCAAUCUGAUGGCUUCCGCCUGAAAUAUUUAUUGGCUGAUCCUGUUUAUUCGAAUGCUGACACGAAACCUAGUCUGAAGUAUGUCGAUGAUAGCAGCGGCCCUAGUAGUUCUAGAAUGGGCAAACAGAAGAAUUUUAAUUCCAAUGGUUCUUCAGCGCUUGAACAGAAUGGGAUGUUGGUACCGAAGUCUUUGUACAUGGAAGAUGGUUCAUAUCGAAAGUUCUUUACGUUGCCUCAUGAUUUUGCCGCAGCCAUAAAUUCUGGUAAAGUUGGCCGGGAUAUUGGACAUGGCAAGGUUGAGGAUCUUCGGUAUGGUGACAACCGUAAUCCAGAUAAAAUAGCUUCAAGAGAAACAUAUGAACAAGAGAAACCAGUGUUCUAUUCAAGGGAUGCUGCUUACUCUACCAUGCCUUUGUCUCAUUCUAAGGCUUUUGGUAGCACCUCUUCCGGUCCAGGCCCUUCAAAGGAUGAUUUCAUUGGUUUCUAUGGUGGUGGUCGGAAUUUAUCUACAGAUGGAUUCGCAAGGAGUGGUGGAAAGGUUACAGACCCUGUCAAUCAUGAUGAUUAUGGCCAGGCACCUUUUGGUUCUGGAAAGGAUUUUGAGCUGCGACAGGCUCCAACUUUUGGCUCUGGAAAGCACACAGGGCUGAGACAAAAAGACCUGGUAUCCUACCAGCUGGGCCUGAUUAGUCCAUCUGGGCUUGAGGCCCGGGAAUAUAAUUAUCCUGAACUUGGUAGAAGAGAGAGGAUUGAUCCAGAAUACAUGUCUGAUAACUUAUACAGAAAGCUGCAUCCCAAUGAUGGAAUGGGCCAUGAUCAUAGUAAUUCACUAAGGCCGAGCUUAAUGGAGCCUGUUGUAGACAGAGUUGAAGCUGCUGUAGGUUCUCAUAGAACCCUGACAGAGAGUGUCUUAUGGGACCAUACUUCUUUACAAGGUGAACCAGCAUCAAAUUACUAUGAUGUGAAUAAAACAUCACGAGCAACAAAGCAAGAUGGAGAGUUAUUGGGUUAUAGAAGUACUCAUCUGGAAUUCAGAUCAAGAAUAUUGAGGGAUCAUGAUAAUGAUAUCUCACAGUCAAGUAUAGAUUAUGGUUUUGGAAGGGAUGCUGGUCCAGUAUCUUACAGGGAAAGAUUGCAAAUUUCAACAAUGUCAGAGCAUGAUUCAGAUUUAUACAGGCUUGACGUAAGCCCGGAGAGAAGAUUGAAGGCAGAGGAAUUACGUUUUUAUGACCCAUCUGUAAGGGUGACAAAUAGAAACCACAGUAUUGAUGAGGAGAUGAAUGGAUACACUCACAGGUAUAUAUCAUCAAGUAAUGGCAAUACAAUUAGCCAUAUCCAGGAGUCUAUUGAUGAUGAUGAACAGUGGACUGGUGAACAUUCCACCAGUUUAUCAUGGUCCACACGGUUGCGCUCUAGACGCCCUCAACAUAGAAAGAAGACUGGAAGGGUAUUUGACAGAAUGACCCGUCAUAGAGUAUCUGAAUCUGAUGAUUGGAUGACAUCUCAAGAUCCAUCUUUACAUGCUCGAGGGUGUCCCAGCGAACCUCGUAUUGCUGGUUCUGGAAAUGUGAGCGUAAAGAAGCGGUUGAGACUUGGUCCCCCAAAGUUUCAUAAUCCAUACCCACUAGAUAGGAAGCACACUGUAUACAGACCAAGCAAAUUUCAGAAGAGAAACCAAUAUGAUCUCCACCAUGGUUAUGUCAAUGAUCAGAAUGCUGGUCCAUCAGAAGAUCAAGGGUCUCCAGCAAAGCCUGAACCACCAGAAGGUUCUGAGAAGUUCAACCAGAAGGCAUAUGACGCCUUCCUUAAGUUUUCUAAACAGUUGAAUGAGAACCCAGCUCAUCAAAGAAGAUACAAGGAGCAAGGAAAUGCUGGUAGUCUGCUAUGCAUCGUGUGUGGCAGCCAAUCCAAAGAGUUUGGCGACACUCGCAGUUUGGCGACACAUGCCUUUAUGUCGCAGAAGCAAUCAAAAGCAGACCACUGGGGUCUUCACAGAGCAAUCUGUGUCUUGAUGGGGUGGAAUAGUAUUGUGCCUCGUGAUGGUACAUGGGUACAUGCAGACUUGCCACAUGCUGAGGCUUUAGCUCUGAAGGAGGACCUCAUUCUAUGGCCUCCACUUGUCAUUAUCCAUAACAGUUCCAUUGGUAACAAGGAUCCUGACAGAAGAAAGGUCAUAACAAUUGAAGAUAUGCAAGCUAAACUCAAAGAGAUGGGUUUUGGCGUGGGGAAGGCCAAGGUAUGCCAUGGUAGACCUGCAAAUCAAAGUGUUAUGGUAGUGAAGUUUUGUCCUACUUUUUCUGGAUUUCAAGAUGCAGAGAGGCUUCACAACUACUAUACUGAGAACAAGCGUGGCAGGGAGGAGUUCCAGCAGAUAAAUGCUAAUAGGAGCAAUGGCAAUGCAGAAAUUGUACUGGGAGAUGAGACGGAGCAAGUUCUUUUUGGGUACUUAGGGAUUGCAGAAGACCUGAACAAAGUUGAUUUUGAAACUAAAAAAAGAGCUCUGGUUAAGAGCAAGAAGGACAUAAAGGCCAUUGCAGAUGCUCCUCUGAAGUCGGAAUGACUGGUCAAUUUUGUUCAUUCACGAAUGAAAGUAAAAUGAAUGUCCAAAUUUGCUUUUUUAGGGAGGAAGAC